CACCAAAAACAAGUUUUUGCCGCUGCUUGCGGAUAUUUACGAUACCAACAAGUUACGAUAACGAAACAUGAUGACGUGUGCUUUGCCGUAAGUGAAAGUAACUUAUUAGUGGUAGGAGUCAUAUACGAAGGUCUUCAAUAUCGGUUGUUUGUUGUACCGCUCACAGUCUCGGGCUCGUUGUGGUAUCGUGCGCUCGGUUCUACGCUAACGUUCGGCUUCGUUUACGAUGUGUGGAAUUUUUGCAUACAUUAAUCACCUGACGCCUAAGACCCGGCGAGAAAUCUUGGAGUUACUUGUGAAUGGAUUGAAACGUUUGGAAUACCGUGGAUACGACUCUGCGGGUGUAGCUAUCGAUGCUGCCGACCUUAAGGAUAUUGCUGUAUUGAAAAAAAGUGGUAAAGUUGCCGCACUCGAAGAGCUCCUACAGGAACAAGGUGCCGAAUUAUCUGUUGAAGAUUCCGUGGAAUCCCAUUGCGGUAUUGCUCAUACCCGUUGGGCAACGCACGGGGAACCCAGCGCAGUGAACUCGCAUCCGCAGCGCUCUGGAGAAGACAACUCAUUUGUUGUGAUACAUAAUGGAAUCAUUACAAAUUAUAAGGAAGUCAAAACCUUCCUUGAGAACAAGGGCUAUAUUUUUGAAUCCCAAACUGAUACAGAGGCUAUUGCUAAGUUGGUUGACCAUAUCUAUGGCCAACACAAGGACUACAGCUUCCAGGAGCUUGUAGAGCAGGUAAUUCAACAACUAGAAGGAGCUUUUGCUUUGUGCUUCAAAUCACGUUACUUCCCUAAUGAAUGUGUAGCCACCAGACGUGGUAGUCCUUUGCUUGUAGGAAUCAAAACAAGACGUCGUCUUUCCAGCGACCAUGUGCCUAUCAUGUACACUAACAACAAGGCUACCAGGGGAGUAGUGCCGUCUGUGCCACGUGUUAACAGUCAUGCUCACUUUGAGCCUGAAGAAGAAAGAGAUGUUGAAUACUUCUUUGCCUCUGAUGCCUCUGCUGUUAUUGAACACACAAACAGAGUGCUGUAUUUUGAAGAUGAUGAUGUAGCACAUGUUAAAGAUGGAGUUCUCAGCAUUCAUCGUAUGUCGGGCAGUAGCACAGAUCCUCAUCAGAGAGAAAUCUUCACACUGAAACUGGAAUUACAACAGAUAAUGAAAGGAAACUAUGAAUAUUUCAUGCAGAAAGAAAUCUUCGAGCAAUCUGAGUCCAUUGUAAACACUAUGAGAGGUCGUCUCAAUUUUGCUAAUGGUACUGUGACACUUGGUGGCAUUACUGAUUAUAUACCUGAGAUUAAACGUUGCAGAAGAUUGAUGCUAAUUGGAUGUGGUACAAGUUACCAUAGUGCAGUAGCUACACGCCAGCUACUAGAAGAGUUAACAGAACUGCCUGUGAUGGUGGAACUGGCUUCAGAUUUCUUGGACCGAAACACACCUGUAUUCCGUGAUGAUGUAUGCUUCUUUAUUUCCCAAUCAGGUGAGACUGCUGAUACUCUUAUGGCACUUCGUUAUUGUAAACGUCAUGGUGCAUUGAUUGUUGGUAUCACUAACACUGUUGGUAGUUCCAUUUGUCGUGAAUCACACUGUGGGGUGCAUAUCAAUGCUGGACCUGAAAUUGGUGUUGCCUCCACAAAAGCAUAUACAUCACAGUUUGUAUCGCUUGUUAUGUUUGCAUUGGUGAUCAGUGAAGACCGAAUCUCAUUACAAAAGCGUAGAGCUGAUAUUAUUGAAGGGCUCCAUGAAUUGGACGGUAAAAUUCGUCAAGUGUUGGCAUUAGACGAUAAAGUAAAGGCUUUGGCAGAAGAUCUGUACCAUCAGCGUUCAUUGUUAAUUAUGGGUCGUGGUUACAACUUUUCUACUUGUUUAGAAGGAGCUCUAAAAGUAAAGGAAUUGACAUACAUGCACAGUGAAGGCAUUAUGGCAGGAGAGUUGAAGCAUGGCCCACUCGCGCUUAUUGAUGACUCCAUGCCAGUAAUGAUGAUAGUAAUGCGUGACCCUGUUUACAUAAAGUGCAUGAAUGCGCUUCAGCAGGUGAAUGCCCGCCAAGGCCGUCCGAUUGUUGUUUGCGAGGAAGGAGACACUGAAACUAUGACCCUCGCGUCUCGCGUCUUAGAAGUUCCAAAAACUGUGGAUUGCUUACAGGGAGUUCUCACUGUUAUUCCCAUGCAACUUUUAGCGUAUCACAUUGCUGUCUUACGCGGUUGUAAUGUUGAUUGUCCUAGAAAUCUCGCUAAAUCUGUUACUGUUGAAUGAGUGGUACUAUUGUUAUAUGUGUAUAUAUUUUAAUAAUUGUCGAUCUCUAAACAUAAGCGCGUUCGCAACGCUUUUAAUUUGUUUCGUAUAUUAUGUUUUAUUAAUAAUUAUAUAUAUAAGAUAAUCUGCGCAGCUCUGGGCCGUUAUGAAAACAUUUGUAAAAAUGUUAUAAAGCAGGAGAUACUUUGCGCAUUAUAAAAAAUAAAGAUUAAGCCUAAUUUCCGCGACAAGUGGAUAUUUUGAUGAAAUCCUUAUUUAUACUUUGGCAAAUAUAUAUUUUAUGUUUUUAUUUAUACGAAAGACCAGAACUCCUUCCAACAUGCUUUCUUUGCAUGUUUCGUGCCGACAAACACUGCAUCGCUGCAUCAUCAGAUGUUGUUUUUAUAAAUCAUAAUAAUUGCAUUGUAAAACCAACAGCAAAAUAUGUGUGUAAAGAGCUUUAUCGAGGAUCUACGGGCUGUGUAUGAAAAUGUAUAUAGAAAUAUCUACAAAUACGAAAUACAGAUUGUUGUCAUUGUUCAUUGUUACUUUUUCAAAGCAAAUUGUAAAGUCGAGCUUUUUCGCACAAAAAAAGUUUAUUGUGAAUAUAAGGUAAAACGGAGUAAAAUAAAAAAGUUAAGCGUGUUUUGGACUUAGUGUUCCGUACCAAGACGCAAAGUAAAUUCAAACGUUCCAAUUUUUUUUUUAAUUUUUAUAAUUUGUAGUUAUAGCGGCAAUAGAAAUACACAUACUGUGAUAUUUACGGUUCAUGAGAUACGGCUCGCUGCCAAAGAUAUGGCUUAAAAAUAGGGUCCUGUUGCGAUUCUUCGGGUACGGAACCCUAAAAAGAAGUCCAUUUAUUGUAAUAAUACAUUCCAAUGGAAUUCAUUUCAAGUUCGUGUAUACGUACUCACUUUGCGAAAAUUAUGUUUUUUUUUUCAAUUAGGUAACGUAAACAAUUGACCACUUAAAUUAACGCAUUUUUCAAAUAAUGAUAUUACAUUCCACUGUAAAUUAUUAUUAUGCUAAGCUCAUUAAAAAAAUAACGAAAUUUUUGAUUAACAGGUAUUAAAUAUAUCAAGGCUGCCUGCGCCUUUCAUUUCUCAUUUUUAACAAAUCUGUGUGCAAUAGUGUAAUUAGAAACUAUUGCGCACGCCAUUCUUUAGAGCCUUAGAGAUCUUGUAGGUUAAAGGUUUGUUUUAUAUAUUAUGAGGUGUGAAAGAAACCUUAACAUAAUAAUUAUGACGGGAAAUACUCCUAUACUUAUUUUAAUUUUGUUUUAUAACUAGAUAAGUUAGAUUAAGGCAAUUGAGAAAAUAGUUUUUUUUUCAAACGGAUAUAAAAUAUCUUCUGACAUAUUGAACGAUACAAUGACCAACAUUUGUAUGUGUAAUUAAUAUAGAGACUUGUUUAUAUUUUACGAAAAAAUAUAGAAUAUAUUAUUAUCAACUUAAGUGUGUAGCAUUUACAUAAAUAGAUGUUUAAAUUAUUUCUAAUCUGAGCGCAGUUUAUAAAUAGUUAAUAUUUUCGACACUAUAUUUUAUUAAUUAAAAGAAAAUAUUGCAUUUUCACCAAAUUAGUUGGAAAUGUUUUUAUUUAAAGACGGAAAUAGAUAUUACUUCCAAUCUGUUUAUCUAUAAACAAGGAAAUGUAUUUGAUAAGUGCCACUUGGUUUGUAUCGAUAAAAGUGAUUUUGCUUUUAAAAAGAUUGAAUUAUGUACUCGUACUAUGAUAAUGUUAUCUAUAUAUUACAUACGACCAUAGAUAAUUGUUUAUCAAAUACAUUUUUUGCCAUUGUCUGGUUUUUAGU